AUGGGGUCAGAUGACAGCGAGAGCGAGGAACAGGAGGAGCGUCGAGAACGUCGAGGGGAGAAGCGCGAGCGUGAGGAGAGGACCGAGAAGGAUGACCGUGAUCGUCGCCGCGACCGUGAUCGCGACCGUGAUCGUGAUGGCGACCGAGACCGAGACCGUGACCGCGACCAUGACCGAUCAGGCCAGGCGGCUGGCGCACUGAGGAACUUCACGGGUGCCAUGGCUGCUUCGGUCGCUUCAGCACGCGGCGAGCGGCCGCAGGGUGCGGCAGCCGGCGCAGCUGGUGAGGCUCCGGCCAAAGGCCGUGGCAAGCAAGCGAUUCUGCCUCCACCCAGAAAGAUGCUGGAUCGUUCACGCACUUGCCCCUUCCUGCUCCGGAUCUUUCGGAAGAUAGGCGAGCAUCACGGCAUCCAGGCUUUCGCUGAGCGUGGAAAGGAGCCGGUCCAUGAUGAGCUCCAGGUCUAUGCCUGGCCGGAUGUGACGCUCAGAGAGUUGGCGGACUUGAUCAAGGACGUGGCACCCGAGGCUCGUGACCCGAAGGUGAAGUUGGCCUUCAACCUGAUCUAUCCGGACAAGACUGGGAAGAAUGUCAGCACCAGCCUCGGCACUGUGACGUGCGCACGACGCGGUCCGGAUGAUGACAAGGCUCAGGUGAAUGGGGGUGUUCCGGCUCUUCACUGGGAUGACGCGCCCUACGAGGUAAAUGCACCUUCAUGUUACGAUGAGGAGGUGAAGGCAAGGCCGGCCACAUUUAGUGGCCGCAGCUGCCCGCGACGACUGCGCCAGUGCAUGCACAUUGGUUGGCGAGUGCUGGCUGGCCUCUUUGUGGCAGGUGCUGUGCGGCCGAGCAGCGAGAAUUCAGAAUUGGUGCGCCAAGCAGGUGGAGCAGGUCAUCUUGAGGAGAAGACAUGGAAGGAUGCGAAGACUGCGCCGGACCAGAUGCGUACUAACCGGUGGCAGGAGAGGAAGAAGGAGGUGAAGUCCGUGGCACGCUUCUGGACUCUUCUUGGCAGCGUCGGAGUGGCAGGCUACGCAGUCUCCUUUCUCUUGAAGAGGGACGAGCGUUCUCCGGAUGCGAGUCGGCUUCUCAAGGUGGUUGCCCUCAAGCUCCACAAGGACAAGAUCUUCAUGCAACUGUUCUGCACUGCUGGCCUGUUUGGCCUCGCGGAUCUUCUCGCGCAGCGUGUGCGCUCCUACCAUGAGAAGUCUAACCUUCAGGAUGGCUACAAGAUUGGCGGGUGGGAUUGGCGGUACACCCUUGCGAUUAUGGCUUGUGCAUGCCUCUUCCAGGUGGCCAUUCUCGGACGCUUCUAUGACUACUGUGAUGCACGCUUCGGAGUCGCCACCACAUGGCAGGCAGCUUUACUCAAGGCCGUUAAGAUGCAGACAGCCUUCACCUUUGGCUACCUCCCUCUCGGGGUGUUCCUUUAUGCUCUGUUAAUCUGCUUUCUGUUCGAGAGCUUCGCGGACUCUACUGACAAUUGUGGCCCGUCUGCAAUUGCUGGGCUGCCUUUCAACUUUGGGAGCAGUGUGGUUCAAGCGGUGGAGCUGUGGCCAGGAGACUACCUGCAAGCGAUGGUGUUCUGGCCUCCCAGUCAUGCCGUGAAUUACGUGCUGAUUCAGCGCUGGUCUCCAAACUUCCGGCCCAUCUUUGAUGGUGUGGUCGUACUGUUUUGGAACACGUUCGUUCUGGGAGGGGGUGCUGACCGAGAGGCAGUGGGUCCAACUCUUUUCGGCCCAGCCCCAGGACCAAAGGCGAAGGUGCCAUCGUCUGUGGACUGCUCCAAACACUCCUUUGCAGAGAUGGGGCGAUGGAUCGCUCAGAAGCUUGGUGAGUUGGCCGAAAGUACAAAGCGAGGGCUGAUCCGGUGCUGGGAGACCUUGAGUUGGGCUCUUCAAAAUGGCUGGAAGUGGUUCAAGCACCUUGUCAACCUCACCAGGCAGCGAGUGUGUGCCUCAGUGGUUUUCCUGGUCACCUUUCUGCGCUGGCUUCUUGUGGCGGUUUUGUACUACUUGGGCUACUGCGUGAUGGUCGUCCUCACGAUCGCGAGGGUGUCCCUCUACUGGACCUUUGCAAUCAUCAAGGGCAGCGUCAUGCUUGUGCUGGCCAUCCUGGACUUUCUCAAGAACUGUAUGUUCAUGUGGUUCAUCCCAGACGUCUCCAGUAUUGGAAAGGGAUGCUUCUACUGCGUCUUUUGGCCGAAGAAAGGCCAGUGGCCAAAGGAGGUCUGCGGCCCCGCACCUGCGUUCGCGGACUGGGUGCCACCAUUCUGUCCGCACUGCUACUGA